CCUUGCUUUUGAGUUGCCAAAGACGCUUUCAAGUUUCAACUUCAACAAAGUUUAAGUGUUAUCUGCUAAGAUUUUAUAUUUUUGGGAAUGGAGAAAGGAUAUGUGAAGUAGACUUUUGUGAAUCUGAAUACUUCUUAUCAGAUAUUGUUAUCAUGAAAGUUCCACAUAUUUACCGUGAUAGCGAAACCAAUGGAUUUCUCAUCGAUGUAUGAUGAAAUGUAAAAAUUUGUUUGUGUUUAAAACUUACUUGAUAGUUGAGAUUUGGUAGAAAAAUAAAGAUGACAGGAAUGGACAAGAAAUCGAAAAAGCCGCUGAGGAUAAAAAUAAUCAGCAUGGGAAACGCUGAGACCGGCAAGAGCUGCAUCAUAAAGCGAUAUUGUGAGAAGAGGUUUGUUCACAAGUACCUAGCAACUAUAGGGAUUGAUUAUGGUGUUACAAAAGUGACGGUUAGAGACAGAGAAAUUAAGGUGAACAUCUUUGAUAUGGCAGGACAUCCCAUAUUUUAUGAGGUGCGGAAUGAGUUUUAUAAGGAUACACAGGGAGCUGUAGUUGUUUUUGAUGUCAGUGACAGACAGAGUUUUGAUGCACUCGACAGCUGGAUGCUGGAAAUGCAGAAUGAAAUUGGGAACCAGUCAGAAAUGGACAACGUUGUUGUGUGUGUUUGUGCUAACAAGUCGGAUAAGAAGAGGGUGGUAGAUGAGGCAGAGGCCAGAAUCUGGACGGAGACCAAGGGCUACCAUUACUUUGAGACAUCAGCUCAGACAGGAGAGGGCGUGUCAGAAAUGUUCCAGACGUUGUUUGAGUCUGUUGUCACGGCUUUUGAAAAUGGAGGAAAGCGAGUCCCGGUACAAACCACACUCGGCUACUCAAAAGAGCAGGUUGAUGCCAUUCAAAAACUCCGCAAUGCAAAAAACGAUUAUGAGAGACUGGGUCUGCCUCCUGGUGCUACAAAGGAUGAUGUAAAUCGUGCUUACAGGAAGUUAGCUGUCCUGCUUCACCCUGACAAAAGUGUGGCCCCCGGGAGUGAGGAAGCCUUCAAACUCCUAGUGGCUGCCAGAACGACGUUACUGAAGCGCUGCCAAUAGCACACUGCCCUCACGUCUUUCUAUCAAAAUCUGUGAUAUACACUACAUCAUCUCAUCCCACUAAGCUACCAUAUUUGUCAUUCUGAAAACAUCACUGUAAGAUUUGAUUCCACUAUGUACAAUUUAUAACUGCAAAGGUGUUGUGUCAGUGGUGAAGCAUUCUCAUUUGUGUUACAUGUGACUAAAGUUGAAUUUUUGAACCAGAGAAAUUGUCAGGAUAAUUCAACAAAUGCUCCGUUGUAACAAUUUUUGUGCUGAAACUUAUCAUAAAUGGAUCGAUAUAUGAAAUAUA